AUAAAUUAUUACAUUAUUUUAUUUAUUAUUUUCUUUUUCGAUCAAUCGUGAAAUUUAAAAUUAAAAAUUUAAAAAUGGUUCGUGAUCGAACAUCUGAAUUUAUGGUCACCGUACGAUCGAUGGCUGGAAAACCUCAAUACUUAAAUGGUACGGCUGGUUCUCAUCUUCCGAUGGAAUUACGAGCCCGUAAAGGGAUAAAUCAAAUACAUCUAAAUGGAUCAUCACCAUUAUCGAAUCCACAAUCACAACAAUAUGGACAAUUUUCACGUUUCAUGAGCGGUUCACGUUCUAUAGCUCGUGAUUUAUAUCUAACCUAUCAAAAAUUGGAGAAAAUCAAUAUGAUGGCACAGAAAAAGAGCAUGUUCGAUGAUGAAGAAUCAUCCAAAGAAUUUAAUGAAUUAAUCUACAUCAUCAAACAGGAUAUACAAUCAUUAAAUCAUCAGAUAGAACAAUUGCGGCAACUUCAAUUAGAAACACAAUCAUUAUCAAAUUCAAGUGGACAUAAUGUACGAUCACAUACGAAAAACGUUGUUCUUACACUUCAACAUCAACUCGCAUCAAUAUCCAACAGUUUCCGUGAUACUCUAGAAGUUCGAAGUCAAACUAUAAAAAAAGUUAAAAAACGGCGUGAACAAUUCUCGUUUGGUACGGUCAUUCAGCCACCAUUAACAUCACGUGCUCAACAACAACAAGGAUCAUUACCACAUUCAUAUUCGGCAUCAAAUCUACGACAACAACAACAACAACAAUCGCAAACGACUGUGAUCGAUUUUGGUGAUAUGGCCAAUACUGAUAAUAAUGGACAUAAUCAUCGCAGUCAUCGUCAUAAUAAUUCCAUAUCAUUGGCUCAGACACAAACAUUGUUACAAUUUCCCGAUCAGACAAGUGAAUAUCUAGAAGAUCGUGCCAAUACUAUGCAAUCGAUUGAAUCGACCAUUGUAGAACUUGGUACCAUAUUCAAUCAAUUAGCUACAAUGGUUCAACAACAAGAAGAAAUGAUUACUAGGAUCGAUGCUAAUGUCACCGAUACAAUGAUGAAUGUCGAACAGGCACAUGAUUCUUUAUUACAAUAUUUAACAUCCGUUACAAAUAAUCGUUGGUUAAUAAUCAAAGUAUUUGCUGUUUUAUUCGUAUUUUUCCUUAUUUUUGUUUUGUUUGCUGCUUGAUUUUGGAAAAAAACCAACUUUUUCCCUGAAUUAAUGACCAAUGAAUCUAUAUUUACAUAUUUCUGAUUCUGAAUUGUGAUCAAUGCUCAUUUUCAUGUUCCAUCAUCAUUUCUGUUUCAUUAUUCAUACAUUUAUUUGAAUCUAUUCUAUUAUCAUAUAAAAAUAAUAUCCUCUCUCU